AUGAUAAACAGUUAUUAUACAAAUCAUGAAAAUCCAUUAAAUGAAGUACGUAGUAUUAUUAGUCAAAAAAAUGCAGAUGAACUAGCAAAUUUAAUUAACAAUGAAGAUGAAAUUGCAAGACUGAUAGGAAAUCUUGGUGAAAUUCAACAAAUGGAAACAAUUAAAGAAAGUUUAAAAGAAAAUAUAAAACGUUUAGCUUUACAAAAUCUUGAUAAAGAACCAAUGCUCAUACAUGAAAAAGAGAAACUAGCUUCAUUAUGUGAUGAAGUAAAUAGAGCAAAAAAUGAAUAUAAAUCAAUUCAACAACUAUAUGACGAACAAAUCGGCGAAACGAAUCCAGAAAUGAUUUGGGUACUUUUACAAACAGCAGCAUCUGAACUCGAACGAUCUACGGAUGAAACAGCCGAAACUUUUUUCACUGGUGAAAAAACUGAAAAUGAAGUAACCGAAUUUGAACGCCGUUUUAUUGAAAAUCGUAAACGAGCUCAUGAAUUAAAAAUCAAAGCAGAGAAAUUUCAUGAAUUAAUGCAAUUGUCUCAAUCGACAUCUCAUUUGACAUCCGAUCAAUAUAUUCAUGGCAGUGGAUAUCGUUAG